AGGGAGGGGGGGAGUGGUGGGAACAGCUCCUUGGUGCUGAAAUUGCUUCAGCACAGCCAACCAGCGACGCGCAGGGGGGAAGAAGAAGAAGAGGAAAAAGACGAAAAAAAAACCCAAACAUUGAAUAAAACGAAGGAGGAAAAUUUUGACACAGACUGAACUCGAGCCAAGAGCCUUGGAGACAGAUGGCUGCCACUCAGGAUGCAAAGGGCAAAGCGGAGGGCGCUGACCAAAACUUCGAUUACAUGUUCAAGCUGCUGAUCAUCGGCAACAGCAGCGUGGGCAAGACAUCUUUUCUGUUCCGCUACGCCGACGACGCCUUCACCUCCGCCUUCGUCAGCACCGUGGGCAUCGACUUCAAAGUGAAGACGGUGUACAAAAACGACAAAAGGAUCAAGCUGCAAAUAUGGGACACAGCAGGCCAGGAGCGUUACAGGACCAUCACCACGGCCUACUACCGCGGCGCCAUGGGCUUCAUCCUCAUGUAUGACAUCACUAAUGAGGAAUCCUUUGGUGCCGUGCAGGAUUGGUCGACCCAGAUAAAAACAUACUCGUGGGAUAAUGCGCAAGUGGUGCUGGCUGGUAAUAAGUGUGAUAUGGAAGAGGAACGAGUGGUGUCCGUGGAUAGCGGCAGGCUGUUGGCGGAACAGCUGGGCUUUGAGUUCUUCGAGACCAGCGCCAAGGACAACAUCAACGUCAAGCAGACCUUUGAGCGCCUCGUCGACCUCAUUUGUGACAAAAUGUCCGACAGCUUGGACGGCGACCCGGCUGUUACUGCUGGAGCGCCCACCGCCAAACUGACAGACAGUGCUCCGCCCCUCCAGCAGCCCGGCUGCAACUGUUAGCUCCACUUACUGUACCGUGUUUUUGUCCCCCACAAACCUUUCUACCCACUCCUCUCGAUGUCUGGACCCUUUAGUGGUAGAGAUACUAAAAUGCUGUCGUACUAGCGCCUAAACUUCAUCACCUUCUAACGCAAGCAAAUACAAAGUUACAGGAUGUGCUCUUAGAGACACUGUCAAUAAACUCCAUGUUUGUCAUCCACUUCAUCGUAGAGCAUCCAAACUAAACCUAAAAUCUAAGUGAUAACGUCAUGUAACUUCUAUUUAAAGGAGACAUAUUAUGCAAACACUUUCACAAUCUUAAACAGUUUCCGCGUGUCUUAAAAAAAAACGGAUCUCUGAGGUUCUCCCGCCAAAGGACAAAGAAAUACAGCAUGCUUAAUAUUCCCCCUGGUUGAAAUCGGUCCACUCUCCAGAAGCUUCAUUUGCAUUUUUACACGUGGAGGACACACUUCACCACCAAGGCGCUGAAUUUCACUUUGUCAAUCAGUGUAGUGGUCAACAAACAUUUUGAGUCUGCAUGGUUUAUAUCAGAGGCUAAUACCCAGUGAAAAUGUUAGCUAAUGCUCAUCCAUGCUAACGCUCCAGCUCUGCUUACCUUUUGGCUUUGACAUAAUUGGUGUUCUGUACAAUCUCUUGACAAAGGUGGCUUUAGACACCUAGCUGCCAGUUAUGGGUGGAGUAAGUGUGGGGCGGUAACUAUAUAAAUUAGCCAAAUUGUGACAUCACAACAUGGCAAAAGUCAGAUUGUUUUGGCUCCCAGACAGUUUUUAAUUUCAUACUCGAUGACUGGGCCCGCACCCAACUAUUUGGAUACAAGCCCAUAAAAAAGUGAAAUCUCCAUCAUAUGUCCCCUUUAAAUCUUAGGCUGCCAAAUAGGGCGCUCUUAAGGAGUUUGUGUGUGUUUGUGAAUGAACUUUUUGGGAGUUUUCAGACAUUAAAAAAGUGGCCUUUUCGCACCCAACACAGCCUGACUCCUACUUGCGUUUUUUUGUUUUCUCCACAUGUACUCCAUCAAAGCCCCUUUUGAGCAUGCUGCCCCAAAAAAAAAAAAAAAAAAUCAGUACGUUUUCACCUUAAAAAGACAAGAUUUGCAAGACUUUUUAGAUGUCGUAACAGUGAAACUGUAGAGGAAGGGUACGACACACGAUUGGGGAUGGGGUGGGCUUGGGGGAAUUGACAGCCAUAGGCUGUGUUCAAAUUCACUGGCUGCGUUCUCCGAAAAUUUUCGGCCAGAUGACGUCACUACUUGCGCAACUCGACCUCGCGUUGUUUCCAAAUUAUUGAAAGACAAUUUGCAGGCUGGGUCCUUCGACACAGGUUCCUCCUCAUGUAGCCUCCGUGGACCGCAUGAGCCGUGGCGAAUUUGGACAGGCCUAAUGUGACUUAAUUAGACACCGCGUGCGGACGUGAGGUCUGCGACCAAAAAAUGCGGCCUUCGGAGGACCCAGCCUGUGAAUUUGGACACAGCUACUGUUUCCUUUGGGAAUCAGCAUUCUAAUGGAGCAAGAGCUCCCGCUAGCGGGCGCUGAAGGCACUGCAAAAGUGAGCUGUAUCCAAUCUCAAGGCCUUUUGAGUUCUGUUAGAACACUUGCAGUCAAUGAAAUAUGUGUGCCAAAAGAAAAAAAAACAAACACCCCUUUUAACUUUGUUGUGUAUAUGCAACAAAAUUGCAGGAAAAUGCAUGACCUUGCAAGUAGAUUUAUAUCCCAGUAUAAAUAAAA